ACCUCACUUUCUUAAAAAAAAUUAAAAAUACUGUGAUCAGAACAAUUACAUAUUUAUAUCCUGGUGUUUGUGGAUGGAGGGGGCCGGUAUAAUCAUGAAGCCUGUAAAAUAAGUGAAGUGAGAAAUGGCUAAUGUGAAGCAGAGAGGUGCAGAAACUACUGAGAGUUGUGGCUCAAUAAACAGGACCGUCUGUGAAGAGCUAAAGAGCUCCUGGAUGAAGUGGGUUAAAUCUGCUCCUUGACUCAGAUCACCCACACAGUUAUCCAGUCACAGACAAAAAAGGUGCAAAUCAUGGAGACGCGAAGAAACCAGUUUCUUGAAUCUUGCAGGAGUGCACAAUGGCAGCACAUUUUUAAAACUCAGAGGUUUAUGAAGGUGCUUUAUAUUGUAAGGUAAGAAUCCUACAGUAAUACUGCAAAAACCCACAAAAUUAGAACAAUGAGUAAAGGACAGUGGGAAGGAAAAACUCCCUUUUAACAGGAAGAAACCUCUGGCAGAACCGGGCUCAGGCAGGGCCGGCGGACGUGACUGGCUAAGGUGUGAUGACUAAGCAGCAAUAAGAAAAAUUCAAUUCAAUUUUAGUCAGUUGAAGCUGAUCACUAUUCAUAGCAGAAAUCACUCAACAGUUGGAUUUAAAAUUAAAAAUCUGGGUGGAGUAAAUGAGUUCAACAACAUCUCUUAGCUUCUGUUUUAUACCAGACAGACUGGAUUAAUAUUGCAUUUCAAAUAGAUUCCAGGGCGUGACCUUAUGCAGUCUUUUGCUGAGGUUGCAGAUAAAUGGUUGAAGGCUGAGUGGGUGUGAUGCAAAGUACAAGUUGAUCUUUAUAUAGCAACCUUGUUGCUUGGAGAAUUUCAUUAGAUGGAGGUGUUUCCUGUGAUUUGCAUACUUGUCACAGUUAUAUCUGUUCAGUUUUCUCAGCGUGCAUUCUCAGAAGAGAUUGAGAGUUUCUCUUUUUUUCCCAAACGGAGGGUUUCCUAAACUCGCAUCACAUGCUCAUUAAAAGGAGAGAGGGGGAACACAAUAAUUAAUUAGCCGAUAUUUGUCCAGGGUGACGUCAGCGUUUGACCUACUUUUGAUAACCAGGACAUUAUGAGUGUGAGCGGACGCCUGCUUUAAGCAUCAGAGGCGUGUAUAAGUGAUGCGUCCUCGUAGGACAUAAAACAAAGCCGCCAAAAUCCAAACUAAAGAGAAUCGUUGCUCGCAAUGCAGCAAAAAAACAUCUGUUUGCCCCUCUGUCCUCUCCUCACAUUUCCUCCUCAUCUUUCUCUUUCAUGCCUCUUUUUUGGCUCUCUUUCAUCCUGCUGUCUUCAUUUACUUCUCUUUCACUCAACAUCCCUCUUCUUCUUCGUGACACACUUCCAGGAGAGCCUCUCAUUUGUUUUCUUUGAAGUGCUUCUGUAUUCAGGGACGCGCUAUCCAUCGCGGCGUCGCUGUCUCACCAGCCUUCGGUGUCGUUAGACUUUGGCUCUCUCCCAAAGCACUUUUUUUUUUAGGUCACCAUCAGUUUUGUGCUACUGCGUCCUCUGUCUCCCUUGCUUGAGAUGUUGCAGUCUGUCUAUGCAGGCACAUGCAAGCCUCACCGGUUGCUGUCAGGGAGAAGCUGCUGCAGUGUGUGUGCGUUAGUGUAUGCGUCUGUUGUGUGGCGAGAGUCUCUUAAAGGACCCCCGCUAUAGUCGAGCAGCGAUGCUCAACCUGCAGUGCUCAUCAUGCACUAGCACAGCCGUCUCUCUCAUCCUGUCCUCCUCCUUCAUCACCCGCUCUCCCCUUUUUUUCCUUACCCUUCUCAUCCCGCUCCCUUCUCUCUCUCACACACAGUCAUCAUCUCUCAGUCGUUGCCAUACAUUUCGUCCACCUACUCUCCCUGUGUGUCAGGGUUGUAUCCCUCAGUCAUUGCUGUUUGAGUCAUCAGUGUUGCUGUAGUCAGAAGAGGUGGGGGGGUUCUCCUCUUUUUCGCCUUCCUCCUGCUAUCUCGCUCCUGCUGGACUCGAACCAGGAGAGGAAACAUUGGUGCUGGUUCGGGGUCUCCCACUAUGGCUGCAGCCAUACAGGACUUCCAGAGGUCAGAGUCAGAGCGGCUCAACGAAGUCAAGGGUCAUUUGGAAAUUGCCUUAUUGGAGAAACAUUUCCUACAGGAGGAACUGAGGAAGCUGCGGGACGAGACCAGCGUGGACUCCCUGCGGCAGGAGCUCGAGAGGGAGCGAAGCAAAAGGAUAGACCUGGAGCAGAAGAUGAGCGAUUUGCUCAAAACCAGGCUAGAGGACUCUCCACCACAACCUCCCAGAAAGCAGCAGUCGCCCUCAAACAACAGAACAGCAGAGAAACAGCAGAAGGAAGUUUGGAGUUCACGGCUGCAGAAGUGGCUGUACGAGCGCUUCGGGGUUUACAUGGAAGACUUCCGCUUCCAGCCGGAGGAAAGCACAGUGGAGGCUGAGGAACCGCUAAGUGCUAAAAGGUUGACAGAAAACAUGAGGCGACUCAAGCGAGGAGCCAGACCUGUCACCAACUUCUUAAGGAACCUCUCCGCCUUAUCUAAUUGGCACUCCGUGUACACCUCAGCUAUUGCCUUCAUUAUUUACAUGAAUGCUGCUUGGCAUGGCUGGGCCAUUCCCAUGUUCCUCUUCCUGGCUAUCCUACGCUUGUCCUUAAAUUACCUCAUUGCCAGAGGUUGGAGGAUCCAGUGGAGCAUUGUGCCUGAGGUCUCUGAACCCAUGGAGCCUCCAAAGGAAGACUUGACUGUGUCUGAGAAGUUUCAGCUUGUACUUGACGUUGCACAAAAAGCACAGAACCUCUUUGGAAAGAUGGCUGAUGUUUUAGAGAAGAUAAAGAAUCUGUUCAUGUGGGUGCAGCCAGAGAGCACCCAGAAACUUUACGUCUGCCUGUGGGUGACUUUCAUCACCUCCUGCGUCCUGCCGUACAAACUGCUGGGCUUUAUGAUUGGCGUGUACGCCGGCAUCAAGUUCUUCAUCAUAGACUUCCUGUUUAAGAGUUGCCCGAAGCUCCGCGACAAGUAUGACACGCCUUACAUCGUGUGGAACAGCCUUCCCACCGACCCCCAGCUCAAAGAGAGGACAAACGCCACGGUGUCGAGACGGGUCCAGCCGGUGGUUUCUCGUGGAAGCCUCGCCAACGUCCCGUGUGGGGGGAGCAGAGAGGAGGACAGCGGUCGCUCUCACAGCACCAAGAAGGGAGCUUUCCACGAGAUUUUCAACCUGCCAGAGUCAGAGCGCCCUCUGCCGGUCUGUGAAAAUGGCUGGAGGUGUUGCCUGAUAAACCGAGACAGGAAGAUGCCCACAGACUACAUCAGGAACGGGAUGCUUUACGUCACGGAGAAUUACCUGUGCUUUGAGAGCUCCAGCUCCAGAUCGAGCUCCUCCAAGAAGCAUAAAGUCAUCAAGCUGGUGGACAUCACUGACAUACAAAAGUACAAAGUGUUGUCAGUCCUACCAGGAAGUGGGAUGGGCAUUUCAAUAGCCACUCCUUCCACUCAGAAGCCAUUGGUGUUUGGUGCCAUGAUCCACAGGGACGAGGCUUUCGAGGCCAUCUUCACCCAGUACAUGAAGAUCGUGACCAGCAAACCGCCAGCCAGCGCCGAGCUCUAAAGAGCCUUCAGCACUCCUCCGUCGGGGCUGAAGUCUGAUGCAGAGAACCUCCCGAGUCUCAGCCGAACUGGAUGACACUCUCUAACGCCGCACUCUUCGACCGUGUGUGAGCUGCCUCCUCAUCCUCAUCAUCAUAGUCGAUGAUCUCGGCCCAGUUGGUGGAUUUUUCUGCUUAGGCCACGUUAGAGGGAAUAUGUGGGUGUAGCUGGUGUUUAGUCACAUGACGCUUUUCCUGUGGGUGAUUAUGGACAAAAUUUACUAAGAGAGGAGGAUGAUCAGUGUGGUUUUAUCAAUCAUCAGGAGGCUGGUGAGGGAGGCUGGCCUCCUCUCCCACCUGCUGACCACUUGACUUAGCUGGCUUCCUGUGUGUGCGUGUGUGUGUCUUAAGGUCUUAAUUUGCAUCUUAAGUGACUCUGAUGUUCUCUACUGUGGUAGGAAGACUUCAUACAGCUCUCAUCAACCUGGAUGUAUUUAAAAAACGAACAGUUCAAACUGCCACAUGUGUAAAAACGAGCUUUUCCAAAUCACUGCAAAAACAAAUAUUCAGACAGGCUGAGCGGUGCUUCGUCUCAUCCAUGGCUGUAUUUUAAUUUAAUUUUUUUUUAAAUAAAGUGUAUUAUUAGCUGUGAUGACGGCUGACACGGAGCCUUCCUUAGUUUACACCGCUGCUGGCUUGGUCUCUCUUGUCCUUUUAGCCGAACCGACGACGCAAAAACGUCCACUGCUGCGUUCGGCAUCCGUGUUUGUGAAACGGUGCAGUGACGUUUUCAUGUUAAAUGCCUUUAUUUUGAAAAAUGUCUUUUGGUCUUUGUAACAGAUCCUUUUUUUUUUUUUUCUCGACAAGAGCACAACACCGCCUGCUGUUUAAACUCUCGACACAUGGAGACCAUUUAUUUGUCCCGUCUCUGCUGUUCUCCCUGCACUUUAUUAAAAACUGGAAAUGCUGACGUACGU